CUCACCUCCUCUGCGGCGCCCGGAGCAGAAGGACUACAACUCCCAUAAGUCACUGAGGACUGGCCGGGCCGGCAACCAUUUCAAGGCUCGGCACGGGCGAGAGCGGGUCCAGGACUUCACUUCCCGGCAAGCCGCGCGGCCCAAGGCCGCUGCCCGCCGCCAUGGGCCUGAAGGCCGCUCAGAAGACGCUCUUUCCGCUGCGCUCCAUCGACGACGUAGUGCGGCUCUUCGCUGCUGAGCUGGGCCGGGAGGAGCCAGACCUGGUGCUCCUGUCCUUGGUACUGGGCUUCGUGGAGCAUUUUCUGGCUGUCAACCGGGUCAUCCCCACCAACGUGCCUGAGCUCACCUUCCAGCCAAGCCCUGCGCCCGACCCCCCUGGCGGCCUCACCUACUUCCCCGUAGCUGACCUAUCCAUCAUCGCUGCCCUGUAUGCCCGCUUCACUGCCCAAAUCCGCGGUGCCGUCGACCUGUCCCUCUACCCCCGGGAGGGGGGUGUCUCCAGCCGUGAGCUGGUGAAGAAGGUCUCCGAUGUCAUCUGGAACAGCCUCAGCCGUUCCUACUUCAAGGACCGGGCCCACAUCCAGUCCCUCUUCAGCUUCAUCACAGGCACCAAACUGGACAGCUCCGGUGUGGCCUUUGCUGUGGUGGGGGCCUGCCAGGCCCUGGGUCUCCGGGAUGUCCACCUGGCCCUGUCUGAGGACCAUGCCUGGGUUGUGUUUGGGCCUAACGGGGAGCAGACAGCUGAGGUCACCUGGCAUGGCAAGGGCAACGAGGAUCGCAGGGGCCAGACAGUCAACGCGGGUGUGGCCGAGCGGAGCUGGCUGUACCUGAAAGGAUCAUACAUGCGCUGUGACCGCAAGAUGGAGGUGGCAUUUAUGGUGUGCGCCAUCAACCCUUCCAUUGAUCUACACACUGACUCACUGGAGCUGCUGCAGCUGCAGCAGAAACUGCUGUGGCUGCUCUAUGACCUGGGACACCUGGAAAGAUACCCCAUGGCACUGGGGAACCUGGCAGAUCUGGAGGAACUGGAGCCUACUCCUGGCCGGCCGGACCCACUCACUCUCUACCAUAAGGGCAUUGCCUCAGCCAAGACCUACUACCGGGAUGAGCACAUCUACCCCUAUAUGUAUCUGGCUGGCUAUCACUGUCGCAACCGCAAUGUGCGUGAAGCUCUGCAGGCCUGGGCCGACACAGCCACUGUCAUCCAGGACUACAACUACUGCCGUGAAGAUGAGGAGAUCUACAAGGAGUUCUUUGAAGUAGCCAAUGACGUCAUCCCCAACCUGCUGAAGGAGGCAGCCACCCUGCUGGAGGCAGGCGAGGAGCGGCCAGGGGAGCAGGCGCAGGGCACCCAGAGCCAGGGUUCUGCCCUCCAGGACCCUGAGUGCUUCGCCCACCUGCUGCGCUUCUACGAUGGCAUCUGCAAAUGGGAGGAGGGCAGCCCCACGCCGGUGCUGCACGUCGGCUGGGCCACCUUCCUCGUGCAGUCCCUUGGCCGUUUUGAGGGACAGGUGCGGCAGAAGGUGCGCAUUGUGAGUCGGGAGGCUGAGGCAGCAGAGGCUGAGGAGCCCUGGGGCGAGGAGGCCCGGGAAGGCCGGCGACGCGGUCCGCGGCGGGAGUCCAAGCCUGAGGAGCCGCCGCCGCCCAAAAAGCUGGCGCUGGACAAGGGCCCAGGCGCUGGGCAGGGUGCGGUGCCAGGACCGCCCCGGAGGCCCCCAGCGACCAGCCCGGGUACUGCCCGUGGCCCUGAGGGAGGCAGCGCGGGCCCGGCACCUGUGCCUGCUGCGUCACCGCCACCGGAGGGCCCGGUGCUCACGUUUCAGAGCGAGAAAAUGAAGGGCAUGAAGGAGCUGCUGGUGGCCACCAAGAUCAACUCGAGCGCCAUCAAGCUGCAGCUCACAGCGCAAUCGCAGGUGCAGAUGAAGAAGCAGAAGGUAUCCACGCCCAGCGAUUACACACUGUCUUUCCUCAAGCGGCAGCGCAAGGGCCUCUGAACCACCAGGACUGCAGCCCGGAUCCAGGCCCUCUCCCUCUGGGUCGAGGUGCCACCCCCACCCCAGGGGGCCUAGGCCCAAACCAGGCCCCACCUGUUCUUGACCCCAGGCUUCAGACUCUGACCCCAUACUCCCAACUCUGUUGCCCCCAGCUCAGAACUGAGGGCUCUGCUUCCGCCCUUGGGAUAUAGGUCUGGUACCCCAGAAUCCCAGCCUGCUGCUGGAAACACCACCUCAGGCCCCCACCACCAGCCCCUAGAAACUCAAGCCCCACCUCGGAAGCAAGGACUAACACUAGGCCCGUGGUGUAGCUCAGAGUGGAUCCCAGCACCUGGGGUCCACCAGCCGGGGAACCAAGGACGCCUCUCAGUUCGAUCUAGGAGCUCAUUUCCGCACUUGAGCAUUAUAUCCCUUGGGAGUCCAAGCCCCGGUCCAUAAACAUCUUGUCCCGCUUCCAGAACUUGGAAAUCUAGUGUCUUCCCCUCCCUAGCGAACCGUCUGGGACCCGAAGCUCCGCCCCUUUCCUGACCAAACUGGCCCCGGGUCAGAGCACGAGCGCCCUUCGAGCCUCCCCGAAUUCCAGCCCGUCUCGGGGGACCUCGGAGGAAAUCUGCAGGGGUUGGGAGUGGGUGAGGGGAGCCUGAUCUCUUCCUGUUUUGUACAUAGAUUUAUUUUUCAGUUCCA